AAGCGGAGCGGGGGGGGGGGGGGGGGGGUUAGUGCGUCGCGUGCCGCCGCCUGGUGCAGGCGAGGCGAAGCGGAUACUGCUGCGAGCUGCUCGGCCGCCGCUGGCUCCGGGGGGAAUAUCAGCAGCGGGGCUCGGAGCGUCAUUCGUGAGCGGGGCCAUCGCGGCUUGGUGUGUGUGUGCGUGUGCGCCGUCGCGUCAUGUGGGCCUCGGAACUCGACAGCGACUCGCGCUGAGCCGUGCCGGUGCCGUCGAGCGGCCUAGUGUGUGUACGCGACCACCGACUCCCGAGGGAGGCCCGGACUCGUACGACUGGUCCCGUAGCCCAGGGGGGGCUAGGCCUAGGCGUCAAACAUGGCGGACCUCGAAGCCGUGCUGGCCGAUGUCAGCUAUCUCAUGGCCAUGGAGAAAAGCAAGUCCACGCCGGCUGCUCGCGCGAGCAAAAAAAUUGUGCUUCCGGAUCUGAGUGUGCGGAGCGUCAUGCACAAGCACCUCGAGAAAAUGGGGGAAGUUACGUUUGACAAGAUCUUCAACCAGAAGUUAGGCUACUUGUUAUUUAAGGACUUCUGUGACAACGUCUGUGACGAGCAGGUUCCUCAGCUAAGUUUUUACGAAGAGAUCAAACGCUACGAGAAGCUAGAGACAGCCGAAGAGAGGCGGACGGCAGCAAGAGAAAUCUACGACAACUACAUCAUGAAAGAGCUGCUCUCACACACUCAUAAUUAUUCUCUCGAGUCCGUAGGCCAUGUCCAAAAGUACCUCAUGAGGAACGAAGUUCCUGUUAAUUUAUUUCAGCCUUACAUUGAGGAAAUUUUCAGCCUCUUAAGGGACGAUAUUUUUAGGAAGUUUAUUGAAAGUGAAAAGUACACAAGGUUUUGCCAGUGGAAAAAUCUCGAGCUUAAUAUUCAGCUGACGAUGAAUGACUUCAGCGUGCACCGGAUAAUUGGACGUGGUGGAUUUGGGGAAGUGUAUGGCUGCCGUAAAGCGGAUACAGGAAAAAUGUAUGCGAUGAAGUGUUUAGACAAGAAGCGAAUCAAAAUGAAAGUUGGAGAGACGCUAGCAUUGAACGAGAGGAUCAUGCUUUCUUUAGUCAGCACAGGGGAGGACUGUCCUUUCAUUGUGUGCAUGACAUACGCAUUCCAGACGCCAGACAAGUUGUGUUUUAUACUGGAUCUUAUGAAUGGGGGGGACCUGCACUACCACCUUUCUCAACAUGGGGUGUUCACGGAGCAGGAGAUGCGGUUUUACGCAGCCGAGGUGAUUCUCGGUUUGGAGCACAUGCAUCGGAGAUAUGUUGUCUAUCGCGACCUUAAGCCGGCCAACAUUCUUCUAGAUGAGCACGGGCACGUACGGAUAUCGGACCUCGGCUUGGCCUGUGAUUUUUCAAAAAAGAAGCCCCAUGCUAGCGUGGGCACCCAUGGCUACAUGGCACCUGAAGUGCUCUCCAAAGGCACAGCCUACGAUUCCAGUGCCGACUGGUUCUCGCUAGGCUGCAUGCUGUACAAGCUGCUCAAGGGGCAUAGUCCAUUUCGGCAACAUAAAACGAAAGACAAGCAUGAAAUCGACCGAAUGACCUUGACCAUGAAUGUGGAGCUCCCCGAAAGCUUUUCAAGUGAUUUGAAACUGCUUCUCGAGGGACUGCUACAACGGGACGUGGACAAGCGACUCGGUUGCAGGGGUCAGGGAGCUGAAGAGGUGAAGAGCCACAAUUUCUUCAGCGGCAUGGACUGGCAGCUAGUGUACCUCCAGAGGUACCCGCCUCCUCUCAUACCUCCGCGCGGGGAGGUCAAUGCAGCCGAUGCCUUCGACAUUGGCUCCUUCGAUGAGGAGGACACCAAGGGCAUCAAGCUCACGGAAGCAGACCAGGAGCUGUACAAGAACUUUCCUGUGGUGAUCUCCGAGCGAUGGCAGCAGGAGAUUGCCGAGACAGUCUUUGAUACGGUCAAUCAGGAGGCAGACAAGCUGGAACAGAAAAAGAAGACCAAAAUGAAGAUGAAGUUCCAAGACGAAAAAGAGUCCGACUGCAUCAUCCACGGCUACAUCAAGAAGCUGGGCGGGCCCUUCGCAUCUGCCUUCCAGACUCGUUAUGGGAAGCUGUAUCCAAAUCGCUUGGAACUUCACAUGGAAUCCAGCAGUGCCAAGCCAGAGCUGAUCUUCAUGGACCAGCUGGAAGACGUGUGCUCGGACUACGUCCAAGUGAAAGGGGAGCAGUGCAUUGUGCUCAAGAUGAAAGGCGACACCAAGGUGGUGCUGACCAACCCCGACGAGAUCGGCCUCAAGGAAUGGCUCCUGUCGCUCCGGUCCACCCUCAAGGACUCCCAAGAACUGCUCGCUUCCAUGGCCAAAAAGGCCGGCAAGAUCUACGGCACCACCGACAACCGCAACAACCUGCUGGGCUCCACCCCGGGCGGCACAGCAACCCCGCCUGCGCGCAACGGCAACUGAGAAGCGUCGGAUCGCUCGGCAUUCCCCGUCUUCUCUCCCUCGUGUCUCUCGAUGCGGGCACGAGUGGCGCGGCUCCGUCACGCCAGGCGAGGUUCGGUUGGCGGUACUUGCACGGGCACGGGUACGGCAGGACGUCGCAGUUGCUGGAUGGUGCUCCACUUUGUCUGCUGCUCGUGUGCAGCGAGCGGUGCGUCGUCGUGCUCCCGCAAGGCAGCGCUGCUCGUGGCUGGCAUGCGCACCGGUGCCGCCUGCCACUGGCGACACCAACCGGCAGCCUGUGUGCGAAGAAACGCCGGUGUUGGCAAGAAGCCCCUGCGUUUUUACGGGCUGCCAGCACGGUUGCGCUGUGCUUGCAGACAGGCACGAGGCCACCGCCUGACAGUUGUGUUAAGGGGAAUACGUCAUUUUCCUCCCCUGCCAUCCACUGCAGGGAGGCUGUGACUGCAUUUUAAGGACCAAUGGGGGGUCAAGGGCUGGGGUGAAAUAAGAGACUGUUGUUGUAACAUGUCCUUUUUUUAACUUAUUAAUGUGGCAAACACGGGUGGCAAGAGAAGGUCACAGAAACCGGGGCCUCGAGUUGUGCUUGAGCGGAGAGUGUGCUACUCGCAGCAACGGCAGAUGCAAGUCGAUUCUGGCGAGAGGCGGCAGCGGUGCUGCCUCCGUGCAGGUGAACAGGUGGCACGCUGCCCCAGCAGCUGUCACGGUUGUCCAACGAGAACUGCUUGCUACUCUAACCAGAUGUAGUGCGAAGGCAGAGCUGUUGACAACACUCUUGGGUCGCUGGGUUUCGCAAAAGAAGGCUUUGUGUGUGUGUGAUGCGAUGUGCGACGUGCACUUUUCAUGGCAGCCACACAACAUUUGUGUUAGUUCCCCACCAUGUUUCCUUCCCAGUUUUCAUUUUCUGUCAUUCUUCUCUCUGCUCCUCAUGUUUUCCUAAUUUCCUUGUGCUGUAGUGAAAGAAGCAUCGGUGGUGUCCACACGCUUGCGUGUAAAUAUACUGACUGUACAUAGGGUGAGCGUGUACACUCGGGUUAGCUGCGUUCAUGUCCCGCUGGCGAUGCCGAAAAGCGUGGGGGACCGAAACGCCGCAGAUUGAAUGUUGUACAUAGGGUGUGUGACAGGCCUUCUUGGUGUCCAUUUCAGUGUGCGUCUCCCUCUCCUUACCAUUUGUGCGAGUGUGGUGGUGUGGUCCAACAAGGUUGUUUGUGGAACUCUCCCAUUGCUGGCGGCCACGCGGUGUUUCCCCAUUCGCACACUGUCCUUUUUUCCCACUGUCAAUUGCCUGACACUUAGUGUAUUAAGCACUCGGCGCCUAGGAGGAUACGUUGUCAGCUGUCAGCUCUACACUUGUAAGGCACAGGUUGGGGUUAGUUGCAUCUGCGCCUGCUCACAAUGUUUGUGAUGAAAAUGUUUUAAGAGUUGUGUGCUUCUGUGGUCUUCUUUCUUUUCCUAGCAUACCUUCUCGUUUGGGCAGGUAUGCGAGAGGGAAGGUGGGCACCUGGUGGGGCAGGCAACAACAGUCGGGUUUUUCCAGCAUGUGUGGAGCAUGCCUUCUUUUGUAGGGCCACUGGGAAGUGCAGAGGGUCGGUGCACAUUUUUCACUGCAGCUGCUUUAGGAGCCAGUAUGCACACAGCAAAGUAUACACCACAGCCUCUAUCUAUUCUUUCCAACGGUCUCGAAGGGAGGAACUGAGGGUGAUGCGGCAGAAAGACAGAAGCGGGCAGUUGCCUUCUGCCACUGUCUUGCACUGUCUUGCCACGGACUGUGCAUCCUCGGUCUGCUUCCUUUUGGCAAUGAAAUGUUAACUGUGAUAGCAACACUUAGCAGUCCAAUUUGUGUGCGUUGUGCUGCUGCUGCCACGACUCCCUAGAAUGUGGGACUGGUCCCCGAAGACCCCCGUCUAAUAGCUACGUCUGCCCGAAGCUUUUCGAUCUGCUGCAAAACGUGACACAGCCCACUCCAGUCAUGCCAAAGCUUUGCCCUGCUCCUGGCCAACUCUUUCAUGUGUUCGUUUUUCCUUGGAAUUAGAAAAAGUUCUUUUUGCGUUGCAUGAUCAGGCAGCGCAAAACUCCUGUAGGGCACUUCUCCUGCCCGCCUGUCAGGAGAAGUCCCCUACAGCAACUCAUUUGAACGGUUUUCUGAUUUGUAACUGAGGAUGUGCCAGACGAGUAUCUUGAGUGUAUCUUGAACACUUGCAGCCCAGCCUAGAUCCUUCAAUAAAAUUCUUCUGUCUUGUGUACUUCCUUGUUUUCUAGCAGGUAACAUUUUAAAAACUGGAAGCUUUCACUUGCUUAUACAUGCUGCCUUGUCUGGAGUGAUCUUGUGCACAGUAUUAGCAAGCAUCCUAAGCCACUGUGACUUGAAUAAUCUCGGCUUCUUUCAUAACUGCACCAAUGCAUUCAAGGCCAUAGAGGUUACACUAGCUGUGGUUUUCUAGCGUCCUUGAAUUCCUUUUUCAUCUAGGAGCACAACAUAGCCACAAAUAGCAAGUGAGGAUGAUAGGUUGCAUGCUUCAUUUGCAGCACACCAUUAUCUCAACUCAAAGAAGGCACUCACAAAACUAUAGAGCAUUUUUGCCAAUCUGGCUCUGUCACGUAGGGGAUGCUUAAGCACUCUCCUUAGCCACGCUAAAGUUGUCACCGUUCAUGUCGAGUCAGCAUUGUUGCUGCUUUAUUGCACUCUUAAGCUUAGGGCUUGUAACCACUCUAGUGCUGGCCUACAAAUCAAGUGGCAAACACGAUGUGGUAAGCACAAAGUGCAGCUACAUUUCUUAGCUUUAAGGUUGCGCGAACUAAACGGAGUGUCCAGCGACAGAUUUUUCUUUGCCACAGAAUAGUGACUUGAAAGGCAAGUGAUGUUGUUAGCUCUGCCCACAGUUAAUUCAACCUGCGUCCCGCCUAACUCUCAGUUCAUCUGCUAGACUGCACCCUGUCCUCUGGCAUGUUAACUGUUUAGUUAACUAGGCAUUGUGUGGCGAACUGGCAGACCCUGUUAAUUGGGAGGGGGGGUGGCGGGGGGGCUCUUUAGAAAAAGCUGGGUGAGGAAGGGACUGUCUUGUCCCGACACGCAGUCUCUGUCUCAGUCGCAUGCUCGAGCAGGCAAAGGACUUCACAUUGUUAGCGAAUGCAGCUGUUGGUUAGACUUGUUCCUUGAUGCAUAGGAUCAUGCAUUAUGUAUUGUCGUGGAAUGUAUGAAAACGAGUGGGAGCAACGUGCUUCAGCGGAGACAUGCGGGUGCGUUCAAAUCGUGAAGCAGCUAGGAAACGGGCCCCACGUACCGCACAGAGUAGGCACUUGAUCUUUCGAGUGUUGUGAAAGCAAGUUGGCUGGAAGGACAUUUCAGCCACAUGAUCCAAUCUUCUGUAAGCAUAUCAUGGUUAUAUGAUUAGGAGGCACCAGUUAAGUUAACAAAAGAUUCUGGAUGCCACUUGCUGUCUUAGCAUAGAAUGGUGCAGUGACGCACUUGGGCAUUUCUUCACCCAUGCAACAUUGUAAAUGAAUAUGCUCCAAAACAUUCUCGAAUGCUAGAUCAGGAAAGACACACUGUAGGAGGAAACAUUUAUUGAAGUUUAUUGGUUCUGGCUGCAAAAGUCACCUUUGCAUUUAAUGUGUUCUAUUUCGUGUAAAGCUUCUUCCUAUAUAAAUAGUAGCGUUUGGGCCGUGCUGUGCAUUUUAUUUCCAUUACGGGUGCAGUUGUGUAAGCAAAGUUUCUGGGGAAAUUGAAUCCGUGCAACUUGGUUAAAAAACAUGAAAACGAGCAGGAACCGAGCAAAGUGCUCCAUGGCACUGCUGUGGAGCACAGUCUGACGAGAGAUACUAUUUCAUACAUUGUAUACGUGAUACCAAUCGUGGCUGGUACUUUUGAACAUAAUGAGGCGUAAGCUGUGGUGCAUGUAUUGCCAUGUCAUGUCUGAAGGCUCUCGCAAGAAAGCCUCGGGUAACAGAUGUGGAAGGCAGGAAAUGUGUGCAAAGGUUUUGCCUUUCUUCAUCAUGUGCGUACAAAUGUAUGACACUUUUGUUUUGGAGCAAGUCUGCCAAGUGCUUUUCCAAAUGUUUCCGAGAGCUUGACUUUGCAAGUUGUGUACCGUGGUUCCUCCCUUCCCUUGCCGCCAGACACUUCUGCCGCUUGCACUCUGCAGAACAUCAAAUGGAAGUGAGAAAAUUGUCAUGCUAGGGAAGAUGAAAAACAGAAAGAAAUUGAGCUUCCACUUAUCGCCUUCUGUUCUGACUGUGCCGGAAAAAUUGCGGCACCCAAGUCAGUCCAUGGGCGGGGAUUGUCUGUGCAAAAACAUGCCAUUUCUAGAGUUGCGUAACACUGCUUGUUUCCUUCGUAGCUGGUGAAGUCGUUUUUUGUGUUCCCUCGUGUUGUUUGUGCCAUCUGUCGAGAUGGGGAAAGGGCCGGGGGGGAGGGAGGGGGGUGCGAGUGGCUCAGUUUUUGCCCUUGUCCAAAUCAGUCAUGAACUGGCUCGAAUUCCCGGUGACGUGACAUUUUGCGGCAGUACUCAUUUAUGCAAUCUCACUGUUUUACUCUGCAGCCACACUUCAUUGCAGUGUGUUGCCCAUCGUCUGCCACACGCGAGAGAUUAAUCGAGCCUGUUGUGUUGUUUGCUUGACUCGCUGGAUGUUGGUUAGGUCGUUUUGUUGUACCUGAACCUAAACACGUGCAGGCAUGUGUGCGUGGGUGUGUACAUAGCGGUGUGUCACUGUGACAGUCAUGUACAUAAGCACAUCUGGGUGGGAAUCAACCCGUCAUAUUUUGCCAUUUCCUACCCAUUAACUCACUCCCGUAUGUGGUUCCAUGAAUGUUCUCCUUUAAUUUUUAAGACUGAUUUGACGAGGAUUCUGCUGGCUUAUGUGUUAUCUGUGCACUGCAAUGACAUGGAGGUAGCUCUUUUUUCUUUGGCAGUCAUGUUAUCUUUGGGAACACCAUGUGACACUUUAAAAGAAAAGCUGUUGCACGAGUAGAACAUGUCUUCUUGUGAAGAUGGGGUCAUCGUCACUGGGGCUUUUUGGUGAAUCAGUGUGUUUCGCACCUGAGAUUGCGGUAUGCAGCGGCUAGGCAUACUGGAUGUAUCCCUUGCUGGUGUGGUUUGUGUAACCUCAGUACUGCUAUACGUUUCCCAGCAUUUCUCGUACUGCCUGGUCUGAUGCAGCAUUUUGAGGCCAGGCAGUGUGGGAGGGAGCUCUUCUGCUGGUCUAGCAGUGGUGAAUGCUCGCAUGCCUCCCGAGACUGGCCUGAAUUCAACAUGGUCCGAAUUUAACUUUGCCUAGAAAGCCUCUGAAUUAAAGGUGUCCUCCAAGGAUUCCAAGGAAAGGAAGGGUUGCUAAUUGGCCUCUAGGGCAUUUAUGCUGCUACCGGAAAAGCUAUAGCUAAACCCACUUUGCAGAUGUAUGCCAAUUCGAGCAGCUCGUACGUCAAGGACUACGAAGCUGUAUAAUGGAGCUCUCGCUCGCACUCUUGUAGUGUAAAAAGGGGGCAUCGGGGGGCAGAGGUCUCGACGUCACCCUUACAGGUCCCCUGGCAAGGCUGAUGAUUAGGAGCUGCGGCCCCCUAGGUUAGGAGCAGGCUUGUGGAUGCCGAAGCCAAUACCGAUGAGACACUGGUCAUGCAGGAACACAAACAAUGAGGCGCUUGAUGUACUGCCCAAACUAAAAUUGAUCUUAGACAGAAGGCCCAGGUGCAACACUUGCAAGAUGUUUGUCGAUUUGGACCCCUCCCAGUGGACCUCCAGAGUAGAGCUGGGUAAUUGCGACGUGAGGAACAAAAUUUAUGAAUUAAUGGCUAAGAUAAACGCACAUAGAAGCUGUUGUAUAUUCAAAUGAUGUAUACGCAAGGUAACUUCUGUAGCUCUUAAUAAGUAUGUUUCAAAGCAAAUGUGAGGCUCUGCUGCAGGCUACGUUGCUGUCUCUCCUUUGAUUUACAUUUGAUACCCAGCAUGCUGCUGCACGCCGUUGGCCUUCACCGCCGUAGCAUGAAAACAUUCAUGGAAGUCCCCUUAAUAGCUUUGCCGUGAAACAUGCUUACAGCUAUGUUUUGAUUUGGUGUGCACGAAGACGGUCAUGCAGGCAUGAUGAUUCAGCUUUAUCGCUAGGGAGUUGCUUUUGUACAGUUGUUUGCUUUAAUAAAGGUUAUGCAUUGCAGUCGAAACCGGAUAUAUCAAACCUGGGUGUAUCGAAUUAUUGCCAAUAUCGAACAGUUGUAACAUCCCCCUUGGAAAUUCCAUGCAAAAGCAUAGCACUGUUCUAUGCGUAUAUCGAACCUCCAUUCACCACCACAUUCAAUGUAUGAGACGCUGCUCUGUGCCCCUGCAAGUGCACUUCUCCUAAUGAGGCUGCGAUCACUUCUCAUGUGGAUCGAAAUUGUUCUUGUUGACGAAAGGGCACUGUUCUGGCAGGUGCUGUCAUGGCAUUGGAUAUGAAGGGUAGUACAUACCGUGGAGGAAAAAUGAGUAAAUUGCGUGUCUCAAAAUGUGAUGGGCUUGGGCACAGCAAGGGUCUUAUUUGCGCUCCAUAGUGCCACACUUGCUUAGUAAGCUUUAGCAUGCUAAUAGUGAAAAGAGUUAACCACUGUGCAGUGAAGCAUACUACCUGCGGCUGUUCAUUAUUGGAAAGAGUAUCACCGCGCUGUUUCAAGAAUUGCAAAAGGCCACUUGGUCCGAUACACGCAAUCCACAAGGAAUGGAUAAAUGCAUGGCACUCAAUCUUUUCACUGAGUGGCUCCGAGCAUGGGAUCGGUAAAUUAUCAUUUUUCACAUUCUCUGGAGACCGUCUGAGACGUGCAGAGUUUUCAAAUAAGCAUAUCUUAUAUUUAUAAUUAUCGAUAUAUCGAACUAUUUCAUGAUUUUAUUCCAAUUUCGAUUUAUCCGGGUUCGACUGUAUUAUAUUUCAAAAUUGGCCUAUGUCUUGUACAUACGCUUGCGUAGAUCGUCUCCCAUGUUGUGGGAGAAAUUGGCUUUGGGUCAGAUGUCGCUGCAACGCUCGUCUAUUUCUGAUUCGUGACUUGCGUCAAUGAAAGUCAGUCAUUCAAAGUGAACUUAGCAGCAAAACGAUUGAGCGAAUGGCAAGCUUAAACUUUCAUUAAUUCCUUUUAAAUUCCGAUGAUGCACAGUGUUUCAGCAGUGCAUCAUGCCUUGCAAGUGCUCCUGUUGGCAUGGCCGCCUCCAUGGGAUUUGCAACUUGGCGUAUAUUCAGACGACUCUGCAUUGUGCAGCCACUGCUGGGCACUCAUACCUGGACGAUCUAGUUGAACCUUCAGUGCCACUUGAACUGUUCACACGUGUUAAUGGGCCUUGUUGCUGGGCUGCUCUUCCUUCUUCCAUUCUGCAUUGAGCAAGUUUGACACCAUCAUGUCAUUUUGCUCGUUCCAUUUUUAUUUAUGUUUUUGUCUUGUUGACUUAAUGACGCACGCUUAUCUGAGCACCCACAAGAAGCAAGAGCAUGGUAUGGCUAGCCCUAUUUCAUAGUCAAGCGUACCGACACCAUGCCACAGCACCAGUUGUAGUUGCCACAGUAUAGAUAGUGCACUUGGUGCAGUUCACCACAAUUUGGCAAGCCAUAUACACGGCUUUUGCAGUCAAAACUAUGCCAACGCAACUAUGAGAGAGCAUCAAGGAUAGGGAAAAAUUGCUUGCUUCAGUUCAAAGAAUGAAGAAUUAGUUGCUUAGAAUGCCAGUAAAGCCCAGUUCAUUGCCUGCAAAUUGUAGGUUCACAAGAGUGCACUGGUACUUUUGGCUUGUACUGCUGCCAUUUUGAGUAGGUGUUGUACUUUCAGUGCUUAUUUAGUUUAACGUCAACAGAAGAGAAUCGUUAUGAGCAUAAGUUAUAUGGUGCAAAGUCAUGAAGAUAUAAUACUGUUAUUAAAGGUGCAUAUGUUGCUUCUGCUGCUGUUGAUUACACCAUUGAUUCUAUCGUGGAGGCAUGUGACUGGAAAUGCGCUUCUGCAUGCCACCAAGUAAUCGACAGUCUUUAAUGAAUAAUCCUUGCACAGAGUCCAGCUCUUUAGAAGUGUUGAAGGUCCACACGCUGGUGGCCAACUCGUAAUGAUGCAUUAUCUUGGGCUAUGUGGAAAGGAGGGUGAUUUAGCAAUUGCUUCGUGCCGAGUGUGCUUGCACAUCUUUCAGGGAUGUGCAGUAGAAAGUGGACGCUGGGUCUUUUCUACAUUCGUUAUUGAGAGCUAAUCUCAACAUUUCUCAGUUGCAAAAGGAUUUUUGUCCGGCGUACUGAACCCCAUAGCCAACGUCAAUUAAAAUGUGGCUGGCGCACAUAACCUUGUAGCCUUGUUUUUCUACAUGCGGCUGCUAUCAUCAUAGAGGGCAAAAUGCAUUGGCCGCUGCUGUAGGCUGCUUCUCCCAUCUGUGUGCCCUUGCUUCUCUGUAAGGUACACUGACGAACCCCCCCCCCCCCAAGCUGUCCUAUUAGGCUCCACAUGCCGUCGAGCUUGCGUGCGCACACUUCUUUCGCAGCUGCCGGGGCGAACACGUGUGCGAUAUGUACGCCCAAGUUAAUAGUGCGGAAGCGCUCUGAUCCAUGUUCAAAGUGUCUCGCUGCAAUAGAACUUCCUGAAAUGAGGUCGUAAAGACGUCGCAAGAUCUGCAGUGGGAUGUCGGCUUCUCGGGAUCUUGUAGACAUUUCCCCAGAUGUGUGAUCGGCAGGGUUGGUUAGCGUUCCGCUUGCUUUGACAUUUGUUUCUUUUUCUCUUUACUUGCAGUGGGGGGAGCACUGUCUUUUUGUCUACCGCCUCUUCUUUUUUGUACACACGUGGUGCGUAUGUGUGCAGAGAGGACAACAAAAAGGCCGGGUGGUGACAAAUUGCUUCGUUUGUCCAUCCUCGUCUUCUCAAUUGUGGACGUAGCGCACCCAUCCACAAAAUCUAGUCUGGCCUCUCUUUUUGUAGACCUUUUGGAGACAGUUUUUAGGCAAGCUAGGAAGACGAACCAACCUUUACGUGUCGUGUACAGAAAGAGAAAAAAAUACAAUACAAAAAAUACUGUAGAGCUGUGUGGCUGCUGUAUUUAUAUAUCUCCGCGCGAUCCCUGCAUUGUUUUUAAUCGCCACUCUUGUAUUGUUUCUGCAGCAUACGUUUCUUGGUUGUGCCCUGAAGUAUAGCUGUUAUAGGUUGUUUUUUUAUAUGUUAUUUUUAUUUUUUAGGAAUGUAGAUACUUAAAUAAAAGACACCCUGAAACAAAUGUCCUCCUCUUGA